CCCACUGCACUCACUCAUCCAUCCCUUGAGCAAACAAUCUUCUUGUGAGUUUUUUUCAGUCUUCGUUCCCCCAACAAAAUGGCAUACUCCAAGGCUUUUCUCCUUCUUGGCCUUCUGUGUGCUGUCGUUCUUGUCCUCUCCUCUGAGGUGUCAGCUAGAGAGCUAGCUGAGGCUGCUCAAACCCGGAGUGUGGAAGAAGCUAAACACUGGGGACAUGGACACGGGCAUGGACACUGGGGACAUGGACACGGGCAUGGACACUGGGGACAUGGACAUGGGCAUGGUCAUGGCCACAGGCAUGGACACCAUGGCAAACCCGGACAUGGUGGUGCUGCUGAGACAGAGGAAAAUGAAAGUGAAGCAGGCGAGAAUUAGGGAGAAGCACUUCUAGCUGCUGUAUGUGCACGCAUACACCGUGCAAAUAAGGUUGUGUAGUUUACGUAAGUUAGUGUGUCAAUAAGGCAUGUGUGAUCAGUGGUUGCCAUUAGAGUCCCUAAGUAAGAUGGAUGCAUGGGUUUGCCAAAAAUAUUAAAGAAUCAUUAUGUUAGUUUAUUAGCCUGAAAUGAGAACUUUCUCAGGGCUCCUUUGCAUCUGUUUUUGGCUUUUAAUACCAAGAAAAAAGUUAAUGAAGCAGAAAGAAUAUGGAAAUUCAAAUUAA